AGGAAGAGCUGAGCGGGGAUACACACUGCUGCUCGGCCUCUUGCCUUUGGAUCAAACCGAGAUGUACCUCUUCCAAAAAACACCUUAAAAUACAUUUCAAAUAACCUGCGGAUUUAAAGCACGGCUCGGGAUUCCGACGCGUCUCUGACCGCGGCUCAGGUCUCUGAGAGUCCCGAGGAAACGUCCCUUUGUUCGGCUGGUUUCAUCUGCCCUUCACCUGCAGCAUGGAGCAUUUAGAGAAGGAGCUCCGGGCGGAGGACGAGGCUGAAUAUGAGGAAGAAGCAGUGGACCCCAGAAUCCAGGGGGAGCUGGAGAAACUCAACCAGUCCACUGAUGACAUCAACAGAUGUGAGACAGAGCUGGAGGACGCGAGGCAGAAGUUCCGCUCGGUUCUGGUCGAGGCCACGGUGAAGCUGGAUGAACUAGUGAAGAAGAUCGGAAAACCAGUGGAGGAGUCCAAGCCGUACUGGGAGGCCCGAAGGCUGGCCAGACAG